AUGGCUCGGUGCAGCGAGAGUGUGUCGCGUGUGAGAGUCACCUACAAAGCUCUUCACAAGUUACCAAGUAAUAUUUGGAGCAAGUUAAUGAAAGUGGUCCCUCGUCACUGGCGAGGCAAUGGCUCAAACCCCCACCAUAAUGGUGCAGGCCAGAUGCGCUCUAGGUAUACGGCAGAAACUGGGUCUUGGGAUAGUGUCCGUCGCGAUGCGAGUCCUGUCAACAGAGAUGCCGAGCCAUUGGUUGGACUCACGAACUUGUCUAUUGGAUCCUCUCAUCUGUCGGGCAGCAGCCCCAUAGGGUUAGGGCACAUCAAAGCACCUGAGCCUUCUUCUACGGCAAACCGCGGAAGCUUAUAUAAAUCUUCGACGGAUCGCGGGAACCUCACCAGAGCCCCUAUCCUCGUGCAGCGUCCCGGGGGCAAUCCUGAUAACGCUAUACAGAUGGUCGCAACGGUGGACACCGGAAACGAAGGCCCCAAUCUCAUGGCUUUAAGGCACUUUAAAAGGCUCAACAAAGGUGGCAAAGUUGUUUUGGAACCUCUUGAUGCCGAAAUUGAGGGAAUCGGUGGAUCACGGGUCAAGGCUAAAGGGAUGGUGCGAGGACUGAACUGGCAAUUUAAGAACGGGUUCAAGACAUAUAAAUCGGACUUCUGCGUAGUCGAUAUGCCUCGAUAUGACGUUUUGAUCAGCUGGGGCACUAUAUGGAAGUACAAAAUCUUGAAGCCGGGAUCCGACUUGACUCACCACUUGGAACAAGCAGCGCUAAAGCAAUAACGUGGCCAACAGUUCUGGUAGGGCUAAUGCAGAUUCUACAAUAAGAUGGACGAGUCAUGACUUUGCAUUAGUGAGAAGCGUUCGGCUGAUUUUUUGGGUGCCGAUGGAAAGAAAUGCGUUACGCAUAAAGGACAAGACCAGAAGGUGCGGGAUUCUUAUGUAUCUGGCGAACUGCCAUGGUGGAUACUUUAUUUGCCUGUAUUAUUUAUUUGUCCACUUGGAAUUGCAAUCUAAAUG